UAUGACCAGUGCACUUGUGGCUUUUCACCAUGAAGUAAAAACCGGCAAAAUAACAAAAUGGCGGCUGAGCCGUCUGAAAGUCAGUUGGGAGUUUCGUGGCAUGACAGUGCCUGGAUUCCGGCUCUUAAUCCCGGAAAUGUUCUCGAAUACUUUUCACAAAGAACUAACCCGUUCUAUGAUCGCACUUGUAACAAUGAAGUUGUGAAAAUGCAAAGGCUAGAUCCGUCUACGUUACAGUAAGCUUAAGUCUACGUAAAACUGUCAACUAUAAGAUUUAAGACUUAUUUAAAUUAGUUUUACUAGAUUUGACGAUAAAACUGUUUUUCUUAAGGACCAUGACAGGCAUUGAGUAUGAAGUCCUUCAUGUACAGGAUCCAAUUCUCUAUGUCAUUCGAAAGCAGCACAGAAUCUCUCCAACGCAAGGUCAGAUAAAUGCAAUUAUGAAAGCUUACAUUGGGCAUUGUACAGUUUAGUCUGGGGUGCUUCAAAACAGUGGGUUAAUCUUCACCUACGAUCUAACUUAAUCUGCCAGAACAAGGAGGAUAAUGUCCAAUUAUUCUCUCCAUGUGUCGCACCAGCUCAGAAGAAUUUAAGAAUACCCAACUACUUAAUAUGGACGACAAAAUCGAAUAGAGUAUAUAGGAACCUUCCAUUAUUUAUCCACAACUCCCCAAAGGAUGGCAGGUUUUUGAAUAGACCUUUUCACGGUUUUUUCAACUUUUGGCAAGUACAAGUUGGGGAAAAUCUGUUGACAUCACUGGAAAGAGCGCCUUAAAAUUAAUAUAAUUGCCAAAUGUGAAAGUGAUAUGUCUUAAGCAAGCGAAAAAAAUCAUAGCUCCUCAAAGCUGCAAAAAAUUAAAGACAUUUGUAUGGUGGGGGGCAAGUUUAUGCCCGCCACCAUGCAAACAUCUGUAAAAUUUUGCAAUUUUGAGGAUCUAUACCUUUGUUAGUUUUCAACAAACCACUUUCAAACUAGGCAAUUUUAUUAAUCUUAAGGUGCUCUUUUCAGUGGUGUCGACGGAUUCUCCCUAACUUGUCCAUGUCAAAAGUUGAAAAAAAAACGUGAAAAAGUCUAUAGGGGUGUUUGGAUUAUUUCUUCAAAGAAGCAAAUAGAAUUUGGACCCUUUGAACAAAGGUUUUAAAGAGGCUGACAGAAAUUUGACGGUGCAGAUUCCAGCCAUCUUUAUGGGUGGUGCGGAUACAAAAUGGAACAUCCCAAAGCAGGCAAUAAUGAAAGGAUCCAUUCUGAUUUAAUAAAGGUGGAAAUAAGGUGCCAGUUAUGUUAUAUAAUCCACAGUAGUGACAGCCUGCAUGUUUAUUACGAUAGGCCACUUCCAAGUUCCAAAAACCCUCAUUUUUAAAUUGAGGCCAAGUGCACAACCUUUCUUGUGAAAAUGGGUUUUAUUUGCAUGAGAAUGAAAAAUCAUUUCCACUUCAAAGUCCAAGCACUUAACGUUGUUCUGAUACAGAGGCCAGGAGAAAUCGCAAAUGGCCUAUUUCAAGUACAUUUUAUGUACACGUACUAACCGCUUACCAGGAGAACUCUGCUACUGAUCAGUUUAUCCACUCAUUUCUUUUGCAUUUAGUUACACCUAUUGCAGAUUAUUACGUGUUAGCAGGAGUGGUGUAUCAGGCCCCUGAUCUGUGCUCUGUCAUCAACUCAAGAUUGGUAAAUAACAUCAAGCGUAGUUAAUAGGGUGGAAUGGUUGUGAAACCCAUCAGACUUUACCCUGCCCAAUAACCAGUCGUAACCAGUCUCCUCUACCAACUAUGCCUCAAGUAUAAUGUUAUUAGUACCACUUUAAUUUAUUAUUGUUUGCACUGUUUUGUUGUCAAACCCUGUUUUAGUUUAGAUUUUUGUCGGGUGGUAAAGUGUUUAUGUUUUUGUUUUGUUAAAUUUUUGUGCUGGGGAUAUUUUCAGAGAGAUUUUGCUUCUUCUGUGUCCACAGCAUUCUGCCCUGCAUCACAUACAAGCAGCUUUUGAUGAAGGUGUGUUGAAAUUAUUCUGUCUCAUAUUCUGCAAAAUUCUUGAAGCUUCUGGAAUACAUUUUUUGAGAGUCUGCUCAUUGCACCCUUUCCAUUUACUGACCCUUUUUUUCUUAUCUUAUACAGCAUCAUCCUACUCUAGGUAUCAUCCAUCCAAGGGAUAUUGGUGGCAGUUUAAAGACAAACAACAGAAGCAAUCUAAUGGUUAGUUAAUGAAAAUGAUUUUUGUGCUUACUUUUGAGAUGGAUGUUUAUUUUGCUAAUGCUUUGAUUGGCUUGUCUUUCUGACUUAAAGAGGGAUUUUACUUGACCCGUGAAACAGAUACUAACAUCUACUGCAAAAUAGCUACUAAUUGUAAACAAAAGAAGAGAAUGGAAUUAGUGCAUAAUAGUGCAUAAUAUUCUACUAUCUAUUUCAUGGGUUACAUAAAAUCAUUCUAUCAAAGUUUUAUUAAUAUACAACAUUAAUGCAUCUUUCCAUUGUUUAGAGCAAGUUAUUAUUUUCAAUAGAUGGAUGGCAGGUCACUGACAUUGUACAGAAAAUAAUGACCUCCUGUGCUGCUUUAUGAACAUAAUUAUGACCAGCUGGGUUUCAAGCAAUGGAAAGGAGCAUUGAAUCACUGAGAUAACGCUUUCUCUCCUCAUCAGUCAUUUUAAAAGUUAUGUACCUUAAUACCCAGGAAUAAUAUCAGAACAGCCAGGGUGACAGAGGCGAAAUAAAAAGAAAAUGGAGCAUUAAUAAUAUUUCAUGCAAGUGACUCACAUGUGGUCUCACCCAGACUUAAGAAAGAUGGUAAACAGGAACUUGUUACAAAUGUAAAACACCAUGGCUUAGCACAUAACUACCAUGUACUGAACACAGAUUGCCGAAGUGGCAACUUCCGCAGCAAUUUUAGACACCAUUUUUUUUAUUUUUUCUUACCUUGGUGAGCAAAAUGGUCAAAGCUUAGAGCACUGGAUGAAGUUAGUGAUUAUAAUGAGAAAGACGUGAAAUAAAUGUAUUCUUUUUCUCCUUUCCCCAUUCUACCACUUUAAACCAGUGUUUGUGGUUAUUUUCCUAUAAUGAAGGUGCUAAAAACAACAAGGGUGAAAAAACAAAAUCAGUGAAGGAUCCUAACUCAGAACCCAGCUCGCUGUUCCAGAGAGAAGGUGUUCAUAUCCUCCUUGGUGAACUAUCAAAAAAAUUUCCACCGCAGUUUCUUCAACAGGGCCAGGCAUUACCUGGUAAGUAUUUGAUCAGUAUUUUGCUCAAAUUUAACAUAGGUAAUCAUACGAUUUUGGUGUCAGUUUGCAGUAAAUAGACAACAGUAACUUUUUAGAAGGAAUAAAAAAGAAUUGGUGAGAUCUGUGGCAUCUGAGAAAGUUGGUGGGUCUGAAAAAAUAAUAUUUUCAGAAACAAAAUAAAAAAAUGAUAAUUUAGGGGAAAAAAGGAAUAAUUUACAUCAUCAAGUCUUGGAAAAAUUGAUGAUACAAAUCACUUUGAAUGCCCUGCUACACUCCUAUCUUUUGGCUGCAUUUUGAAAAAGUUGAUUUUAUGCAGUUGAAAGAGAGUAUCAAACACUCUGACAAUUAUGAUGGUUGUCUCUUGAACUCUCUCUUAAAUUUUUCCAAAAUGGACUGCCUGCAAAAUAUGGUACUUGAGUUGAUGAUACACUGUACGUAGUGUGGAGAAAUGCACUUUGAUCAUCGCAAUCAUGACUUUUUUGACAAUUUGUUAGGUCAGUCCAAGAAAAGUGAUGAAAAGAAUGAGACUGAAGAAGCUGAUUCUAAAGAUGGAAUCAUUUCUGAAGCGGGAUCAUCUGUUGAACCAGUCCCCAAUGGUACAACGUUGGGUACUAGUACGUCACGUGGUCCAUUUAACUCGAACCAGUCAAUGAAAAGAUCAGCAAGUGGAGAUCCAGUCACGAAACAACCUCCAGGGAAAAAGAAGAAAAUUUAACCAAGGAUUGUUUGCUACUGAAAUGGUAGUAAUGGCACUAUAGACAUCGGUUGGUGCCCUUGAAGAACUUGCUGCAUCAAAAAAUGAGUUUGUAAAUUUUGUCUAUAGAUCAGCAGGACUGUUAUCUCGGCUAAGCCGUAGCUGACUGAAUUGCAUUGUGGGAUGUCAAUGGAAUAACCAACAAACUCACAGCAUUGAUUGCGGCGUCUCUAACAAUGGUGUCCUUCCAAGUCACUCUCAAGACAUCUUGGCCUAACGAAACGAAAGUCUGAAAAGUAGCAAUAUACAGUAGUUAUCUUUGUACAGCUUAAUGAGCUCUCAACUCUCAAGAAAAGGUUACCAUUGGGACUUUCUUCGUCUAGAAGAAUAGAGACAAUUUAUCUUACAAUUUAGGAGACAAUUUAUUUAAGUUCUUAACGAAGUUUAAAUUUACUAUUCAUAUUAAAAGAACGUCACGUUAGCAUUCUUAUACCAAAAUAGACAUU